ACAUCGGCGAGGACUUCAGGGAAACCACUAACCAAUUUCUUUUGAAUCCCCACUGAUGCACUUUACUUAUUCUCAGGUUUUAUUCACGUCCACCUACCUUAGAAUUUUUCCCACCUUCAACAUUCCACUUUGAUUCAUCCCAAACCCCAAUUCCUCAGGCAACAUUCAAUUGGGAUCAAAGUGCAGUAAAGGAUAUCAAAGGAUUGAUACGAUCAGGCGCUGUUUAAUCCUAAGGGUUCAAUUUUGUUUGCCAGAAUUUUAAGAUCAAAAUUCUACCUCGGCAAACAAGAUGAGUUCCAUCUUAUCAACACCUUCAACCCCUUCGCCUCCUUCGCGAGUGCACACACCAACUACUCCGCGAUUCGGUUAUGGUGAUUCUUGGGAGCCUUAUUCUCCAAGAAAGUCAUCUCGCAUCGCACAACGCGCAUCUCAACGCACACCUUCGCCUCGUGCAUCUUCCCGCAAUCGCAACUCGACACGAAUUCCACCUUCAUCUUCGGACGCCAUCACGCCAGCAGUCUCCCCACAGAAGAAGCGUCAACCAGCUAUGGAUUCAGUUCGACGUGCAUCUAACAGCUUGAUCGCCGAAGGCGCAGCCAACGCUGCCGAUUCCCUUGGAAUUAAUUCUUCGCAUAAGAAGUCUAAGUCAAUCACCAGUAGUUCCACGAUGCUUCCCACACCCGCCAAGACUCCCCAGAAGCAGCCGGAUGAGAAGUCAAAGGCCAAUGUCCGUGCGAUCGCGCGCAACUUAUUCUCCGAACCCGAAGCUGUACCUUCUCCCAAGAAAAGAAAGGCUAAGAAGUACACCGGCCUUACCCUAGACAGCUUCACUGCUGAGAACGUCGAGGAGCCUAUUGAGAUCUUUACCGACACGCGCGACCGCAUUCCUGAGGCUGAUAACACUGUCCAGAAUCCUUUCUUCGAGCAGGCAUCAUCCACCCCGGAGCGCGAUCAAUCGACCAGACAAACCCGAAGCAAGCAGGUUUAUGUUCCAGGCGAGGGCAAGAUUUCUAUCGAAGAGGCACUGAAACGUGAGGACGGAAUUGUCUAUGUAUUUCGAGGAAAGCGAAUUUUCCGCAAGUUUUCCCAGGAUGAGGACGGACCCAUCGAUGGGCAUAAUGACGGCUCUCCGAUCCGUGCCAAUACCCGCUCAUCUCUCAAGCCACGCCUUCUGUUCCCAACGAAGGGUAAGGCAACUACCAAGGCAUCUACAGACGAUGAAGAGGCUGUUACGGACAUCGAAGAUCACGUGCUCCUAGGUGCUGAAGACGAGUCUGCUGAGGUGCCGGAACCAGAAACCCCCACUACAACGGUUGUAGAGAAGUCGGUGACUCCUGUGACAGCCAAGUUCACGCCCGUUUCUCCUCCCUCGACAGCCCGCGCCACACGUGCUAGUACUAGAAUGCAAGCAGUUGGAUCCUCGGCGAAACAAUCGAAGCCGCGCAACCCCUUCGACGGUUGGCGUCGAUCUAAGAGUCGAGCCAGCACACAAGGCCAGAAACGAGAGGGUGAGCCCCUAGAGGGACAGGAUGAGGCCUCUAAGCGUCAGCGAGUCUAGUCAGCCGCUAAGGGGCUGCUUCGAGGCUUCAAUUCUAGCACCUAGGAAGUUGUAAUCGAGUGAUGAUUUGAGAUUCAGUCUGCCUCAAAUUUAUCACUUUCCUUUUGUGGAUUUUUAUUGAGGCAGCAAUUGCAGUAGGCCAUGGAAUUACAGCAGGCCAUUGGGAAGGAAAACAUGAUUUCACCAAGAGGUGUCUGGCGUCAUGAUUGAAGGACAAGGUCCUUCUCCAACAUCAGCCAAAAUGUGAUCGGUAGCUAGCUACCUGGAUGGACAUGAAGUCCUUCCCCGGGUUAAUCCAUAGUUACAGGGACUUUAGCUUAGCCCCCCUUAGUUUAGCUUGCCGCAAAACGAAUUGAUUUUAUAAAAUAUGAA